AUGAAGCGGGAGCUUCAAGGGAUAAUCGUGGUUAUGUCGUCGGGUGGCGAUGAAGUCGGUUCGUACCCCGGGGAUGACAGUCACAAGAACAGGUGUGCUGGCAAGCAGGGCGACAUGGAAGGGAGGGCUCUUCACCCGACCAUCACCUCGGACUUUCCCCAAGUCGGAUCGCAACUCAAUUUUACCGGCUACGCUAUACGCGAACUCGUUGCAACGAACUUUACCAUCAACAAUGACAGCGACCUCAACCUCGGAAGCGGCGUUUACAAUAAGGCAGGCCGUGGCUAUCCUGACGUCAGCGCUGUUGAUGAUCACUAUCUGGUUCGGUUCGCUGGUGAUUGGCACGCGAUUGGAAGCACGUCGCUGGCGGCUCCGGUGUGGGGCGCGGUGUUAACGUUGGCUGUGCACGUUGAGAAAACACGUUGA